GUCUUACACCAGGCUCAUGUAACAUGUCAUUGUAUGGAUAGACCGUGUUUGUCAGAAAAAUGAAGAGAUGAAUAGUAGGUGCUUGCUACUGAUGCUAGAUAUCAAAUGAACUUAUAUACGAUGUGCUAUGACUUGUCUUGUAGAGCUAAAUUGGUCUAAUGAAUUGUUUGUCACCACCCUCAUUUAGCAAAAUAUUAUUUAGAUCUAUGAGUGAAGUGAUGGUAGUAUAUCAUUUUUAUGUCUUACUGUUCAUCUUCUGAAAACCAGAGAGGUUGAACUUGAUCAUGAUUUUUUUCUUCUAAAAGAUGAUUUGUUAGCAUUCUCGGAGUAAUCAAUUGGCAGGAUGAGAUAGGGAUGGUCUCUCUGUUCCCGUCCCCGCUCUCAAAUCAUUCGUCGCUAAAUUUUGUGGGGGCAGGGAGCACAAACCAUGUCUCCGAAAUUAAAACAGGAAACAUUUCCUCUUACCCAUACCCAAAGUUGAGAUUCAUGGGACCUCAUAGCGUGACAUUCCUAUAAAGAACUGAGUUUUUAUUUCUUUGGUAUUUUUUUUUUUUCAGUGUUCAGUUGGUUUAGUUUUUAAUCUUUUUCUCUGCAUGAUUUCUGAAAUUGUUGCCUUUUUUUAAAAUAGUGUUGGGAUUUCAAACAUAUUUUAAAAAUGUAACAGCAAAACAAAAGGGCUAAUUGUGAGGUCUCAAAUUCAUUGAUAUGUUUAUUUUUUCUAGACACUAAUUGGAUGGACUACGUUCAUUAAAAUAAUUUUCUUUUAUAACUAUAUUUUUUUAUUUUUCUAGUAUAAAAAAAAGGUAAAUAAAGUAACAAAACUAGAAAAAUAAAUAGUUGUAUGCAGUCAAACUACAUUUUUUGUACGAAAAAGUGUGAUAAAGUGAUGGCUACUAGUCUUAGCACAUAAAUGUAGACUAUACAUUAAUAUGCUGUCUAAUCUAAGGUUGGAAAAAUUAUUGAAGUGUAGCAUAGCAUGUGGAGAGUUGAGUGGAAGUUUACAAAGCCCCACGACUUUCUUAAUGGGAAAAAGUAUUAGCAACAAUUUCAGUUUUUUAGAUCUCAUUAUCAUGUCUUAGUUGUUUAUGGGUAGGUAAUUGAAUUAUUAUUUUGUUCACAAUAAUUAAAUCAAACUAAUUUAUAAAUUCUUCUUCCUAACUAUACAGUUGAUGUAAAAUAUUGUAUAAAACAAAUAAUUGUGUUAAUUAGAUCUUUAAAUUUCCAUUACUAAAUUAGUCUAGACUUUUUGAGAUAUAAUGAAUUAAUAUGUAUCUUAUAUAUAAAACAUUUAAGUUAUACAGUUCAUGUGAAUAGUUAGUAAUGAAACAUAUUCCUAAUUGCAUUUCAUUAAUAUAUAUAUGUAUGUAUGUAAAUGUAAAUGAAAAUGUGUGUAUAUAUUUAAAAUUAGAUGAGUAAUAAAUUUGGAAAGAAGAGGAUGAAGCAACAAAUUUGGGGUACCCACCACCACUCAACGCCAUGUGAAUACGACAUGUCGAUUGCCAUCUUUCUGGAAGAAUGUUACGUGCAUGUAAAAAAGCAUACAAAUAUUUACCAUUUCGCCUUUUUAUUAUACCUUACCUACUUUUAUUACCCCUUUUUAUUUGCUUUCUAAAGUCCUUCAAAAUAUUCUAUUUUCUCUCUUUUUCUUCUUUUUCUAACAAAUUUAUUGUAUCUUAUACUUAUGUUACUCUCUCGAGUUUUAUAAUUGUCAUUGUAGUAAAAGAAAAAAAAAAAGACUAACUAUUCAGUUAUGAUCAAGAGAAUGACCUAUUUGUUCAUCUUAAAACAAAUAUCAUAUUUGGCUAACUACAUAUGGUGCCUCAAACAACAAAGAAUCUAUGAAAAAGCAAGCUAAAGUUAAAAAGGCCAUAGAGAUCGAUUCCAUAACUUCACUAAACCUGACUUAUAAGGUCACUUAGAAAAAUAACGCAUAAGUAUGAAGUCUAGUAAUAAUUGUAUGUGAUUAAGUUUGCAAGUGAAAUAAUUUUGAAAGUUUAGCACAAAUAGUAAUGGUUUGAUCCAUGGUCCUAGAAACUAAUGACAAACAAGAAACAAUGUCUCUAUAUCAUCAAUAGGGUUUGUGUCACUAAGGUAUACAACGAAAAUAACUCUCUCUAGCUAAAUUAUUACUAACAUAAUCGUAAGUGUGUUGAUAGUCAAACACCAUAAUAAAGUAAGAUUUUUCACGUGCUCAGAGCAAAUAUUUGGUUCUUUCACAUAAUACUUACUAUUGUGAACAAAAGAUUAAACCUCUAACCUCUAGAAACAAAAUGCAUAAGUAAUUAUAAUAUUUUCCUAGGUGAGUUUGAUGAUGGGAGGCUUCCAAAUGGACUUAAGAUAAGAAGGAAGGAGUGCAUAUUGAGUUGAGACUUGAGAGUGACUUGCCUUUUCUUUCUCCUCCCUAAAGUUGUUGGCAUAUUUUCUUAAACCCCAUUUGAAAGCAAAAGCUACUCACCACCGGCCCGUCUCUAUCUCCCUCAUUCUCACCUUACACAUAAAACCCACCUUUUUCCCUUCCUCCUUUCCUCACACCCUCUCGCCGGCGGCCGCCAUGCUCCAACCGCCAUCAUCCAUCUCUCUUCUCUUCCUCCUCCUUUUCUUCUUCAUUUCCCCCAUUACUGCCGCCAAUGUCACCGUUCUAUUCAAGGAGGCCCCCCAAUUCUACAACUCCCCGGAUUGUCCCUUGGUCUUCAUCGGCCAGGAAGACAGUCACCAGCUGUGCUCCGACGACGCCGUCCACGUGGCGAUGACAUUGGACACGGCCUACAUUCGAGGCUCCAUGGCCGCCAUUCUCUCCGUUCUCCAACAUUCCUCCUGCCCCCAAAACGUAAUAUUCCAUUUCGUUUCCUCCGCCUCUGCAAACGCGUCUGCUUUACGCGCUACCAUUUCCUCCUCCUUCCCAUACCUGAAAUUUCAAAUCUACCCAUUCGAUGAUGGAGCUGUCUCCCGUCUGAUCUCCACCUCAAUUCGCUCCGCUCUGGAUUGUCCAUUGAACUACGCACGUAGCUACUUGGCCGACCUCCUCCCUCUCUGCGUCCGUCGUGUUGUCUAUCUCGAUUCGGAUCUAAUCCUCGUUGACGAUAUCUCUAAUCUCGCAAAUACCCAAUUAAACGACGCUGUACUCGCAGCACCGGAGUACUGCAACGCCAAUUUCACUUCCUAUUUCACUCCCACUUUCUGGUCCAAUCCCUCUCUGUCUCUCACCUUCGCCAAUCGCAACCCCUGUUACUUCAAUACCGGCGUCAUGGUCAUCGACCUCUCCCGGUGGCGUCUCGGCGACUUCACCUCUAAAAUCGAGGAAUGGAUGGAGCUUCAAAAACGAAUGAGGAUCUACGAGCUCGGAUCUCUUCCGCCGUUCAUGCUCGUUUUCGCUGGAAACAUUGUUCCCGUAGACCACCGAUGGAACCAGCACGGACUAGGCGGUGACAAUUUCCGGGGACUGUGCCGGGAUUUACACCCGGGUCCGGUGAGCCUUCUGCAUUGGAGUGGAAAGGGGAAACCGUGGGCCCGGCUCGAUGCGAACCGGCCUUGUCCAUUGGACGCUUUAUGGGUCCCUUAUGAUUUGUUACAAACUCCAUUUUCGUUGGACUCUUGAUUGGUUGAAAAAGCUCGUCGGAAACGAUUUGGUUUUUAGGAUUACAGAAGAAGAAGACGGGCGUCGGUGAGGAAGAAGGUAUUGAAUUUUGAGGGGAAAAGAAAAAUAAUAAAGGAGAAAAGGAGAAUUAAUAUUUUCUAAAGAUGAAUUUUAUGUAUCUAUUAACAAUUGUUGUAUUCAAAAUGUUUGUAUAGAUUUUGUUAUAAACACUCAUUCUCAUCAAUUUUUUUCUAUAAAUAACCAUUUCAUUUA